AUGCAAGGAGCCAAUCACUCAGCAGUGACUGAGUUCAUCUUUAUUGGCUUUUCCACCUUUCCCCGCCUUCAGCUGAUGUUCUUCCUGCUGUUUCUGCUGAUGUAUCUGUUCACACUGCUGGGCAACCUGCUCAUCAUGGCCACCAUCUGGAGUGAGCGCAGCCUCCACACACCCAUGUACCUCUUCCUGUGCGCCCUGUCCAUCUCUGAGAUCCUCUACACCUUGGCCAUCAUCCCGUGCAUGCUGUCCGACCUGCUGUCCACCCACCACUCCAUCUCCUUCCUGGCCUGUGCCUGCCAGAUGUUCUUCUCCUUCACAUUUGGCUUCACCCAGUCCUUCCUACUCACUGUCAUGGGCUAUGACUGCUAUGUGGCCAUCUGUCAACCACUGCACUACAAUGUGCUCAUGAGCCCCCAUGGCUGUGCCUGUCUGGUGGCCUGGUCCUGGGUUGGUGGCUCCAUUAUGGGGACUGUGGUCACAACAGCCAUAUUUAACCUCACCUUCUGUGGACCCAAUGAGAUCCACCAUUUUGUCUGUCAUGUGACACCUCUGUUGCAGUUGGCCUGUGGAACAAAUGUGCUGUUGGUGGGCAAGGGUGUGGGCCUGGUGUGUGUAUCAGCCCUACUGGGCUGCUUCCUUCUCAUCCUCCUCUCCUAUGCCUUCAUUGUGACUUCCCUCUGGAGGUUCCCUUCAGGUGAAGGAUGGCACAAAGCCUUCUCCACCUGUGCAUCCCACCUCACAGUGGUGAUCAUGCACUAUGGCUUUGCUUCAGUCAUCUACCUCAAAACCAAGGGGCCUCAGUCCCUGGAAGAAGACACUUUGAUGGGCAUCACCUACACAGUCCUCACACCCUUCCUCAGUCCCAUCAUCUUCAGUCUCAGGAACAAGGAACUCAAGACCACCAUGAAGAAGACUUUGCUGAGCAAACUCUAUCCAGAAAAAUAUAAUACCUAG